AACUAUCGUCCUUCUCAGUAAUGGCGGCUUCGUUUCCUUCUCUCCCUGCAAGCAACAAUAACAAAUGGUAUUUCACACGACAGCAGAUCGAGAACAGCCCAUCUCGGCGCGCUGGACUUGAUCCUGACAAGGAAUUGUCUUACCGACAACAGGCAGCGAACCUGCUGCAGGACAUGGGACAGCGACUCAAUGUAUCCCAGCUUACUAUAAAUACUGCCAUUGUCUACAUGCACCGAUUCUACAUGGUCCAGUCAUUCACCAGAUUUCACAGAAAUGUUAUUGCUCCUGCCACACUCUUCCUGGCUGCAAAGGUUGAGGAGCAGCCCCGAAAGCUGGAGCAUGUUAUCAAGGUGACCCAUGCAUGCUUGAAUCCUCAGGACCCUUCUCCAGAUGUACGCAGUGAUGCUUACCUGCAACAAGCCCAAGACCUGGUCAUUCUUGAGAGCAUAAUACUCCAGACCCUGGCUUUUGAAAUCACCAUUGACCACCCACACACUCAUGUUGUCAAGUGCACUCAGCUUGUUAGAGCAAGUAAGGAUCUUGCCCAAACAUCCUACUUUAUGGCCACCAACAGGUAG